AUGGACCAGCGGGAGCUGCCGCCACCCGCUCCUGCAGAAAACGAAGCGAAGCACGAUGCCAACAACAAUGAGGAGGACGAGGGAGAGCAGUUCGACUUCGACAGCGGAGAUGAAGUCCCAGAAGCCGACAGGCAGGCCCCCUCCGCGCCCGGCACGGGGACCGCGGCUGUGGGCGCGGCGGCCUCCCCGCCAGGAGGGGAAGGCGGAACCGCAGCCGACAGCAUCGCAGGGGCAGAACCUGCCCAGCUCGCGGUCCCGGUGAAAGUGAACCCGUAUUCCGUCAUCGACAUCUCGCCGAUCCAGGAAGACCCGCCGCCAACUCCAGAGGGCAGCGCGGAGGAGGAGGGCGCGGGUCUGCUGGUGCCCAGCGGCUACGCGGUGCCCGUGCCCUGCGGCUACGCCGUCCCCUCCAGCCUGCCGCUGCUCCUGCCCGCCUACUCUAGCCCGGUCAUCGUGCGCGCCGCGUCGCUGGACGGGGAAGAGACACCGGAAGUCACAGAAGAUCACCAGUUUAAUUCUCUAAGCUCCGAGGACCCUCCAAACAGCGAGGACCAGGUGGGUAAAGACGACGGCGCACUGGCCCGCUGGGCAGCGGAUCCGGCCAACACGGCCUGGAUGGAGAACCCUGAAGAAGCAAUCUACGACGAUGUCCCCAGGGAGAACUCGGACUCUGAACCAGAGGAGAUGAUUUACGAUGACGUGGAGAACGGGGAGGAAGGUGGAAACAGCUCCUUGGAGUACGGGUGGAGCUCGAGCGAGUUUGAAAGUUACGAAGAGCAGAGCGACUCCGAGGGCAAGAGCGGGAUGCCCAGGUCCUUCCUGCGCGGCAACCACAAAAAGCAGCUGUCGCGCGACCUGAGCCGGCUCAAGGAGCACUAUGAGAGAAAGGUGAGGGAGCUGAUGGCCAGCACGGUGGGCGCCGUGGAGCUUCAGCAGCUGAGGCAGAAGCAGGAGCUGAAGAUGCAGAAGCUCAUGAAGGCCGCCAGGGAGGGCACCAAGGACGGGCUGGAGAAGACCAAGGCGGCCGUGAAGAGGGGCCGCUCCUUCAUCAGGACCAAGUCUCUCGUCUCUCAAGAUCACAGAUCUUGUCUUGAGGAGGAGCAGAACGUGUUCAUCGAGGUCGACUGCAGGCACCCGGACGCCGUGCUGACGCCCAUGCCCGAGGGUUUAUCUCAGCAGCAGUUCUCCAAGUCCAUGGUCCUGGACGCCUACAGCGAGUAUGUGAACAAUUUCAGCACGGCUGUGGCCGUCCUCAAGAAAACGUGUGCCACAAAGCCUGCUUUUCUCGAGUUUUUAAAGCAGUGCCAGGAGGCCAGUCCCGACCGGAUCACGCUCUACAGCCUGCUGAUGCGGCCCAUCCAGCGCUUCCCGCAGUUCAUCCUCCUGCUCCAGGAUUUGCUGAAGAACACGCCCAAGGGACACCCCGACAGGCUGCCUAUUCAGAUGGCCCUGACGGAGCUGGAGACUUUGGCAGAGAAACUGAACGAAAGGAAAAGAGAUGCUGACCAGCGCUGUGAAAUCAAGCAAAUCGCAAAGGCCAUCAACGAAAGAUACCUGAACAAGCUUCUCAGCAGUGGGAACCGAUACCUCGUCCGAUCUGACGACAUGAUAGAAACGGUUUACAACGACAGAGGAGAAAUUAUUAAAACCAAAGAGCGCCGCCUCUUCAUGUUAAACGACGUACUGAUGUGCGCCACGGUCAGCUCACGCACCUUGCACGAGAGCCGCGCCGUCCCCAGCCAGAGGUACCUGCUCAAGUGGAGCGUCCCCCUGGGCCACGUGGAGGUGAUCGAAUACGGCGCGAACCAAGGCGCGGGCGAGCACGGCAGGUACCCCGUCGCGCACCCUCCCGAGAGCCUGGCGGUGGGCGCUAACGUGAAGCCACACAAAGUUUACAUGGGGCCGGGACAGCUGUACCAAGAUUUACAGAACCUGCUGCAUGACUUAAAUGUCGUUGGUCAAAUCGCCCAGCUGAUAGGAAACCUUAGAGGAAACUACCAGAACUUAAACCAGUCAGUAGCCCAUGAUUGGACAUCAGGUUUACAAAGACUUAUUCUGAAGAAAGAAGACGAAAUCAGAGCCGCAGACUGUUGCAGAAUCCAGUUACAGCUCCCAGGGAAACAGGACAAGUCUGGACGACCCACCUUCUUCACGGCUGUGUUCAAUACGUUUACCCCGGCCAUCAAAGAGUCCUGGGCCAACAGCUUGCAGAUGGCCAAGCUUGCCCUCGAGGAGGAGAACCACAUGGGCUGGUUCUGCGUGGAAGACGACGGGAAUCAGAUCAAGAAGGAGAAGCACCCUCUGCUUGUCGGACACGUGCCGGUGAUGGUGGCCAAGCAGCAGGAGUUCAAGAUCGAAUGUGCCGCGUACAACCCCGAGCCCUUCCUGAGCAACGAGAGUCAGCCGGACCCGUCCUCCACGGCGCACGGCUUCCUGUGGAUCGGAAGUUGCACCAACCAGAUGGGCCAGAUCGCCAUCGUCUCGUUUCAAAAUUCCAGCCCCAAAGUCCUCGAGUGCUUCAACGUGGAGUCUCGCAUCCUGUGCAUGGUGCACAUUCCCGCCGAGGACACGCUCAGAGAGCCGGGCGCGGCCUCGGGCCCCGAAACCUCCGCCACGAGGGCUGGCGAGGCCCCCACCAUCUGCGCAGGGGCGGAAGAGGGAAGCAUUUCUGUGUAUAAAAGCAGUCAAGGCUCCAAGAAAGUGAGGCUUCAGCACUUCUUCACGCCUGAGAGGUCCACGGUCAUGAGCCUGGCGGGCUCACCGCGCAGCCUGUACGCGGGCCUGGUGGACGGGGCGGUGGCCAGCUACGCCAGAGCCGCAGAUGGAACCUGGAAUUCCGAACCUCAGAAAGUGAUAAAACUCGGCGUCCUGCCUGUCAGAAGUCUGCUGCUGAUGGAAGACACGCUCUGGGCGGCCUCUGGGGGCCAAGUGUUCAUAAUCGGCGUGGGGACGCUGGCUGUGGAGAGCCAGCUGGAGGCGCACCAGGAGGAGGGCAUGGUGAUCUCGCACAUGGCCGUGUUACGGCCAGAAACUCGCAGGGGGAAGGGAAGGCCCCCACAAGCGUGGGUGGAGUUUGUACUUGACAGAACCAAGCAGCACUCACCCCCAGGCUGCGGGAGCAGCGCGGGGCAGGCACAGCUGCGCUCUGGGGGGGGCCGCGUCCCCACUGCUCCCACCCCGCGGUCCGCGGCCGCUCCCCCGCCUCCCUGCGCCGUUGUCUUUGACUUGCUCCUGAGGAAGAGGAAGGCGCAGUCGCCGGCAUCCCCCCAGGCACAGACCCAGACACGCUCCCGCGCCGAACCGUCCGCCCACCACCCGGACCGGAACCGCGUGCGGGAGCCCUCGGCCGGGGUCAGGCCGCCCCUCUGGGCAGCAGCCAUGUGGCCAGGUGCCCUCACUCCAGAGCCCCCUCCCCGUCAGGAGACCCCUCCUCGUGUGUGGAGGGGCCCUGAGCCCCCAGAGAGCCGCGGCGGCUGCAUGCGUGUCGGGGGCCGGGGCUCACCGCCGCACCGCACGGGAGCAGGCGGGCACCAGCGGCUGUCGGUGACCAGCCUGCUCGUGGGCCACGGGUUGCUGAUGGUCGGCACCAGCCUGGGAGUCCUGGUGGCCCUGCCGGUGCCCCGUCUGCAAGGCAUCCCCAAGGUGACCGGGAGGGGCAUGGUGUCCUACCACGCACACAGCGGGCCCGUCAAGUUCAUCAUCCUGGCGGCAGCGCUGCAGGAGAAAGACAAGGACAGAGCCGGGGACAGCCUGCCCCUGGGCCCGGAGCCCCAGGCGGAAGAGGAGAAGGACGGGCCUCCCAGCGAGGCAGCCGCUUCCCGCCCCAGCCAGGGCGACCCCGACGCGGCCGUCUGGUUGGGAGAUGCGCCGGGAUCCCUGACCCAGAAGAGUGACUUGUCCUCCUCGUCGGGGUCCCUGAGCCUGUCCCACGGCUCCAGCUCUCUGGAGCACAGGUCGGAGGACAGCGUCGUCUACGACCUCCUGAAGGACCCGGUCUCACCGAGAGGCAGAGCGCGGCGGGCCAAGAAAGCCAAGGCCAGCUCGGCGCUGGUGGUGUGUGGCGGCCAGGGCCACCGCCGGGUGCCCGGCAAGGCCAGACAGCCCCCCCGCGAGGAGCUGGCGCCCUCCAUCCUGGUCUGGCAGGUCCCCUGCUGAGCACACGGGCAACCGCCGCCUCCUGGCACCGGA